AAUGUGCAGCUGCCCCUUGCAAUCAGCGCAAUGAGGUCAUCCAGCUCCGGCAGGCUUAUCAACUCGAGCAGCCACCACUAUCGCAAGGUCGCGAUCUUCCAGCGGAUCCGCACAUCCGUCGGUGGGCUGACCGGACACUCGCGCGACGCAUUCUCUAUCGAUCCGUCUCGCAAUGCAUCCUUUCGGUCCGUCGCUGCUGCUGCUGCUAUCGUUGGCUACGGUGAACGGUGCGUUCCUAUCCAAUCUAAACGCCACCUGCUUCCGGUGCAUCUGCGACGCUUCCACCGGUUGCAGCACGUCCACCACCUGCAGACAGUCGUACUGUGGUCCGUUCUCCAUCUCGCGCGCCUACUGGAUGGAUGCGGGCCGGCUGGUCCUGCCGGCGGACGAACCGACCCGCUGGGGCGCGUUCGAGGACUGUGCGAACGAUUACGACUGCGCAACCGGCAUCGUGACGCAGUACAUGGAAAAGUAUGGCACCGACUGCAACGGGGAUGGGCUGGUGGACUGCGUCGACUAUACGAUGCUGCACGUGAACGGUGGGCCGCGCUGCCAGGGUGCGCUCGGUGGCACGUUCGCCAGCCGGUUCUACCAGUGUUUGCGCGAGGGUAAGCGUGAUUCUAGUCGAACUUUCGGAUAGUACUAGCCCUGAAUGAAUAGCCGGGGACCGAAACAAACUGUACGCAAGCCCCAAAGCGCUACUCGCGCAAUGGGUCGCUGGCAAUUGCAUUGCACUUCAUGGUAGCUGGUAUAAUUGGAAACCUGUUCUGUUUUUGUUUCUGUCUCUGCAAGCCCAAACACUAACUAAGUUCAACAAAGCACACACAUACAUAAUGCUUCACUCGAUGUGCGAAAACAAGUAAACGUACCAAAAUAUAUAUGUGUGUAUAAUAAUAAUAAUAAUAAUAAACAAACAAACAAACAAA